GGCCCUGGGACACAGCUCCCCAAGGCGCCCAGGUGAGUGGCGGUGAAGGAGGGGCGGCCGCCUCCCCGCCAAACCCAACCGGCCCGCAGCCGGCAGCACGGCAGUGCAGCAUGUGCGCGGAGCCGGCCAGGGAAGAUGUAUGUAGGUUAUCUUUUGGAUAAGGACACCAACAUGUAUCCCAGCCCUGUCCGGCAUCCCAGCCUCAACAUCAACCCCCAGAAUUAUGUGCCGGGGCCGCCCCAGUACACGGACUUCGCCAGCUACCACCAUGUGCCGGGGAUUAACAACGACCCACACCACGGGCAACCAGCGGCCGCCUGGGGCUCUCCCUACACCCCUGCCAAGGAGGACUGGCAUUCCUACAGCACCGCCGCCGCGCCUUCCACCGCCAGCCCAGGGCAGUUUGGAUUCAGCCCCCCAGAUUUUAACUCCAUCCAGCCCCCGGGCUCUGGACUCCUGCCUCCACCCAUCAGCAGCUCGGUCCCCCAGCUCUCCCCUAAUGCCCAGAGACGCACCCCGUAUGAGUGGAUGAGGCGCAGCAUUCCCAGCACCAGCAGCAGUGGCAAGACAAGGACAAAAGACAAGUACCGGGUGGUCUACACAGACCACCAGCGCCUGGAGCUGGAGAAGGAAUUUCACUAUAGCCGCUACAUCACCAUCCGCCGCAAAGCUGAGCUGGCCGCUGCCCUUGGGCUCACCGAACGGCAGGUGAAAAUCUGGUUUCAAAAUCGGAGGGCGAAGGAGAGGAAGGUGAACAAGAAGAAGAUGCAGCAGCAAAGCCAGCCCACCAGCACCACCACACCCACCCCGCCGUCUGUUGGCACACCAGGACCCAUCGGAGGCCUCUGCAGCAGCAGCACCCCAAACCUCGUCUCCUCGUCUCCACUGACAAUCAAGGAGGAGUUCAUGCCUUAGCCCCCUUUACCAGCUACAGACACCAAGAGAUAAGCACUAUGCAGCAGAGCCCAGCCGGUCCCUGUGCUCUGGAGUGACAGCCCCUUCCCAAAGACAUGAUGGCCCCUAAAUGAACCAACGGAGCAGCAAGUGAAGCUGGGCAAGAUGGCACCAGCACCUUCCCAAGGGGCUGGUGUGCUCUCUCCUAUGUAAAUACCAUAGGUUAGGUCAUAUUGCUCUCCUGUAGGAAAAACACACUGGUCUGGUCUCUGGUAUUUGCUGCCCAAAGCAAGAUCCUUAAUGUCAGCAGAAGGAAGGGAGUGGUGGUGGAGGAUGGCUCGCCUAUGGUGCUUCAGGUGGACACUUCCUUCAGUUCUCCUGGAGAUCGUGCUGCCUGGUUCUUUUUGGGACAAUCUGAACAAGACUGAAUUAGAAAACAGACCUAGCUGGACUCGAGGCAAAAGAGAUUUCUGCUGAGCUGGUCUCCUGGAUCUGCUGCUCUGGGAAGGGGGUGCCGAAGGCAGAGUGAGUUGGCCUGUGGGAGCCAGGCAGGACCCUUGCCCUCAGGGCAGGGUGCAAGAACCUGCCCCAGGCCAUCCAAAAGGGCCGAUAUAGUGAGAGAUUUGUGGUUCUCCUCCAAGGGAGUGCAGCCACCGUGGGUGCCAGGAGCUGCUGCAGGGACAGGCAGGGGCAGAGGAGGGGCUGGCAUGUGCCCUCGUGUUGUGCGAUGGACAAGUGGUUUCCAGAAAGAGAGAGGGGUGGGAUUUUCCUGUUUUCUUCAAAACCCCAAGGACUUCAGGUUCUUCUCUCCCGUCCUCCAAGCACGGCACCACCUGCUGUGUGUCCUAGGCCAGUAUCUGGUACCCCUCUUUUCCUGCUGCGGAUCUGCAGUUGAAUUGUCCCUUCACCCUGCUGAGUCCUGACGACUCUACUGGGCCAGGUUUCCAAAGCCCAAAGGCCAACAGGGCACGGCUGGGACAUGGGAGGGUGCAUGUCUCCUGCUUGGGGCUGUGCUGGGUGGUCCUGAGCUGCAGCUUCCCAAAACCAAGAAAGGGAUCAGGGUGCACGGGCCUCAUGUGGCAGCUCACAUGGCCUUUCCCAGAGCCAUUUCUCUGAGCUCCAGAACCAUGGAGCAGCAGACAUGUCCUCCGCUGCUUGCAAAGCACCCGGCUCAGCCCUCUCAUUGCACCCAAGACUGUUCAUGCAUCGCAUCCUUCAGCUACCCUGUCCACUGCCAGCCUCACACUGCUCCCAGCCCCUCCUGGCCCAGAAAACAAGGUACCCAGGCAGGCUGCAGCUUUUGCAAGGAGGUCCCUGCCAUCCCACUGCACCCACAGCACUGCUCCAGCUCUGAUAGGAUUUGGGUCUCUCUCUCAUAGGGGCUGGUGACUUUCCCCUUGCCACCACUGCCAGCUGUGCUUGAUGGUGAGGAUGAGUGUUUGCAUUGGCUCAGGACUUUGGCUCAGUUUUUGUGUAUAUAAAGCAGAACUGGUUUACCUUCUUAUUUUUUAGG